UCCAAGCUCUUCCCUUUCCAAGCCGUUUCCGAAGUGCUCCCGGUGAUCGCAACUCCUGAUCCUAAACCGAGAGGGACGCCUCCCAACUUCAAACCCUCUUUUUCUUCUCCCUCGCUUUCCUCCUCCUCUCAGUACCUCCACCGCCACCACCACCUCCGGCACCCACCCACCGCUGCUGCAGCCACCAGCAGCGCCUCCUUCUCUCCUCCUCCUCCCCUCUUCUCUCUUUUUGGAAGCCGCUGGACGUCCGGUGUUGAUGGUGGCAUCUGUGGCAGCCUAAGCAGCAGCCCUCGCAGCACCCAGCUUUCUCUCAUCCCGCCUGAUUCUCCAGCCCUAUCAACCGCUCUCGCCAGAGGUGCUGGGCCGAUUGGGGGCGGCGGAGGCGAAGCAGCUGCAGCGGCGUUAGCAGCGGCGGCGGCGGGAGGCAGGAUGAGCGCACGCGGUGAAGGCGCCGGGCAGCCGUCCACUUCUGCCCAGGGACAACCUGCCGCCCCGGCGCCUCAGAAGAGAGGACGCGGCCGACCCAGGAAGCAGCAGCAAGAGCCAACUGGUGAGCCAUCUCCUAAGAGACCCAGGGGAAGACCCAAAGGCAGCAAAAACAAGAGUCCCUCCAAAGCAGCUCAAAAGAAAGCAGAAGCCACUGGAGAAAAACGGCCAAGAGGCCGACCUAGGAAAUGGCCACAACAAGUUGUUCAGAAGAAGCCUGCUCAGGAGGAGACCGAAGAGACAUCCUCACAAGAGUCUGCGGAAGAGGAUUAGGGGGCGCCAGCGUUUGAUUUCUACCUCAGCAGCAGUUGGAUCUUUUGAAGGGAGAAGACACUGCAGUGACCACUUACUCUCUAUUGCCAUGGUCUUU